CUAUGUUGUUUUCGGAGUAAUACUUGCUCUUUCGAUGGCAAUAGGAAUGUUCUCAGCUUGGAAAGCAAGAAGAAAUAAAAGAGAUGGCCAAACUGAAGAGUUUCUCCUCGGAGGCAGAAACUUACAUUUUAUUCCAGUUGCAUUCUCGAUCAUUGCCACUAGUCUCUCUGCUGUAGCUGUGCUGGGAAUACCAACAGAAGUGUACGUUAAUGGCUCUAUGUACUGGCUUAGGAACCUAUGUGCUCCUAUCGUAGGGCCCUUAGCCGCCCAUGUGUUUGUUCCAUUGUAUCACAAACUACGGUUGACAAG